AUGAGGUUUAUCAACAAGGUGGAGAAAGCCAAGGCACGCGGUGCGCAGCCACUCGCCGAGGCUAGGCAAUAUAUUGACAUUUCAGACUCAGAAACUUUGUCUGAAGAGCAGCCCGAGUUUGUCAAAAAGAGAAAGCGAGGGAGACCUCGGAAGGUAGCCAACGCAGUCCUAGAAAAGAAAACUAUAAAGGCGGCCAAGUCAAAGCGACCCACUAUCGAAAAAGUCACAGGGAUACCCGUUGAGGAAGACGAAGAAGACGGCCAAGAAAUCAUACAAACACGACCAGAUGUGGGACAGAGUCUUUACUAUCUAGAAAAGAGUUCAAGCGAAUUUCUAGAAUACGUCAAAACCAAUGAAGACGUGAAGGCCUUAGUGCAAACUUAUGGGGUUGAGAAGAUCACCGAUAUCGAGGAGAAAGUCGGGAGCGUGGCCAAGCUGUUAAGAAGUCGAAGAGCCCCAAGGGCAACAGCAAAACCCGUGGAUGGAACACUCCAGUCCUUUGAUCAAUAUUUCGUCCUUCGAGAUGUCGGUAAUACAAUCAUGCUUGUCGCCCCCGUCGAAAUUUUUAAAGCCAGCGUAGCCAUUAGAAGCAAAACUCUUGGGUUUGUGAGAAAGGCCUCAGAGUAUUGGCCUCUCAUGUGCUCAAUAUCCGGAGUAAAAAAUAUCGUGUCACCACAUGAGAAAAUGCUGGACUCGGAGUUCUGGACACACGAAGUGUUUAGAUUUAGCACCUUUGUCGAUAUGAAAUUUCAGCCGACCCCAUUCGAAGCACACCAAGGAGUACCCAGGGGCAUGCAUUGUUCAAGUCAUGUCGAGCGAAAGUUGAUGCUAUGGUACGCAUGCAGAGUGCUCUGUAAAGUACUUGGCGCAGAAGCUCCAACAUCUAUAAGAAAACAGGUCUUCUCAUUAGGGCAAAUAAACAAUAUACGCCCACGACCAAUGGCGGAGAUUGUGUUAGACAGAAAUCCCUGCAGGAACUGCAAAGUUUUCCAGGCCUUUAUGGAGGAUUUUACAGGUAUUAAGUUUACUUUCAUUGUCUGCUCCAAACUGGGCAAGGUCAAACUUGAGAAAGACCAACGUGGAAAUCAGGUUUUCCCACUCUUGGCCGAAGAGUCUGUUUCCUCGGACGACUCUGAAGCUGAGGGAGGGAGAAGCCAAGUACAGGUUGUUGUACCACAGCGGUUCAUGGCACCUACUCGAGUCAACAAGCCCGGCAAGUUGCCCAUCACGUCCAAUAUCCGAAUCGAUACUAAGAUAUCCGUGUCACAAAUUGCGACCACCAAGAAGUCCCGACAGUUGACCCCCGAUUAUGCUUACGAGGAGGAGGAUAAUGAUGACGAUAUCUAUACGCCAACUUCUCGAACUUCAAGAUAUGAAACCCCAAUCACUCCAGAGAGUAGAAUCACUCGUUCCAGCCCCCUCACCCCUCAAGGGUCUUUCGACUUCGGCUAUGAAAACUUACCUCGUCCUCGAAAGGAAAAUAAAAAGCGCAAAUUUGAUGCUGCGUACUAUACCAGCCCAAUCUCAGCAAAGAAAUACAUGAAAAGAUAG